CAUACAACUUCAUAAUAUCCACACAAUCCAACAUGGCUUAAUUGAUCUCUCUUCAAACUCCUUGCAUUCUUUCUUUCUUUACAACAAUGACUUUCGAAGAGAAGACAAUUUAUCAAACCUCUUUAGCCUCAAUUCCCAACUACACCCUUCUAGAGUGUGUCUUGGGGCUAUGCUUCAAAGUGAUAACCAUCCUCCUUCAGCUUCCUUAUGAGUACAUAGACAACAAUCCAAUUCCCACCAUAGUCUUCAAGGGUCGCCCAAGAACCUUCCAUGCCUUCAUAACAUGCAUAAUCUUCGCCUUCUCCGGUGCUACCAAUGCACUUGUGGCAUUCAAUAAGUCAAGAUUUUCUAGGCUUUGUGGGUAUUAUGCAAUGGCUUCUAUGGCUUCUGCUUUGGCAAUUCUCUUGUGGGCAGUGUGCUGCACAGGCAUCAAUUAGAAUGGCUGGACUUUGAUUCUGAAACUGCUAUCGCUUUAUAAAGAGUAAACAGUGUUGUGUUGUAUGUUGAAGAUUUUUGGUUUCAACCUCUUAGGAAACUACUGGUUUAUGUGAGAGCCAGUAAGAAUGUUAGAUAAAAGUUUUGAGCAAAAUUAAAAUUAAUUAUUGAUUGGUAAUUUAUUGGAUUAAUAAUUAUAAUUCUAAUGCAAAAAACAUAUUAAAAUUGAUUACAUAUUAGAAGAUAGUUGGAUAAAUUUAUGCAAAAAAGUCGUAUUUUUUGUUCCAAGGAUCUGUGUACUUUUGGUUCCCUUGUUUCAUCAAUCAUGUGGUAUGUUCAAACUUUUUUCA